AUGUAUCGUCGCGUACCUUUCGGAUACCUGAAUCGUCUACCAAAGCUCGUUCAAGCUGCUCACAGCUCGUUCUUCCCUUUUUACGGCACCUCUCCGCAGCGAACCUUCCCCCUACCGCACCGGAACACGAAUCUAUACGGACCGAGAACGUACACCUCACCUGCGAUGGAGAGCUUUAAGGUGAUCCCUCAGGAUCAGCAGGAGGUCGCAGAUAUGGUCAAGGCCCUGGAGACCGCCCGGCUGGAGAACAAGGGAGCGAAGAAGAAGACCUUCAACUGCAGGAAGUCCACUUUCAAGAUCGGAAAGACCGGAGAAGUCUCCGCGGACUCCUGGAAGUUCAUGGACUGGGACUACAAGCGUCACGACCUACCGACCUACGCUCGAGGGCUGUUCACUGCGAAGAGGAAAGACGGCACCCCGGAGAUCGUCACGCGAGGAUAUGACAAGUUUUUUAACAUCGACGAAGUCAACACUACACAGUGGAGGAAUAUCGAAAACAAUACCCAGGGCCCCUACGAGCUCAGCGUGAAGGAGAACGGUUGUAUCAUAUUCAUAUCCGGGCUGGAGGACGGGUCGCUGCUUGUCUGCAGCAAGCAUUCAACUGGCGCUCGUACAGACACGGAUAGGAGCCAUGCGCAGGUUGGUGAGGAGUGGAUUGAGCGGCAUGUUGCGACUGUUGGCAAGUCUACUGCGGAUCUCGCUCGACAGUUGCGUGAGAUGAAUGCCACUGCUGUCGGAGAGCUGUGCGACGACAGCUUCGAGGAGCACGUUCUCGCGUACGACCCCGCAUCCGCCGGUAUCUAUCUCCAUGGAAUUAACUUCAAUCUGCCUGAGUUUGCGACUCUGCCUAGCUCGGAGGUGCACAGGUUUGCGGACGCUUGGGGUUUUAAGAAAGCGAACUUUGUGGUCUACGAUGAUCUUAACUCUGUGAAGAAGUUUCUGGAGAAGUGCGCUCAGACUGGAUCUUGGGACGGUCGGGAUACUGAAGGCUUUGUGAUUCGAUGCAAGAUGAGCGAGAAUGGCCAUGGUGCAUACCGAGAUUGGUUCUUCAAAUACAAAUUCGAGGAACCGUACCUGAUGUACCGACAGUGGCGUGAAUGCACGAAAGCAAUGCUUUCAGGAAAGGCCCCGAAGAUCAAGAAGCACAAGAAGGUUACGGAGGAAUAUUUGGCUUAUGCUCGUCAGCAGUUCGCCCGAAAGCCGGAGCUCAGGGAGCGUUACCAGCAGAAUCAUGGCAUCAUCGCAAUGCGCGACGGUUUUCUCAAGGAGCGUGGACUCAACGGAGCUCAGAUUAUUCAAAUGGAAGCGGAAAAUGUCACACGGGACAUCGUCCUGGUGCCGAUCGCUUCUAUAGGAUGUGGCAAGACGACGGUAGGCCUGGCUUUGACCAAGCUGUUUGGCUGGGGUCAGGUCCAAAAUGACAACAUACCGCAGGUGAAGAAUAAGCCAAAGAAAUUCGCCGCGGAAAUUCUCAACCAGUUGUUGGACAAGCCAGUCGUUAUUGCUGAUAAGAACAAUAACAUGAAACGUGAACGCACUACGCUUAUGGACGAUGUCGCCGCGGGUAUGCCAAACGUACGGUUUGUCGCUCUUCAAUAUGUCCACGAGCCCAAAGACAUGAUGCUCCCUCUUAUCCGCGAGGUGACCCGCAAGCGUGUUCUCGAGCGCGGCGACAACCAUCAAACCAUUCGGGCUGGAACAAAGGCCACAGAAGAGGUUAUCAGCAUCAUGGAAGGGUUCCUCAAGCGCUUUGAAGCCGUCGACGUCGACCAUGAACCGGAUCAGAACUUUGACGAAGUCAUCGACCUCGACGUUGUAGCAUCCUCGCGCGAAAACCUUGAAAAGGUAGUUAACGCUCUACACUCCGCCUAUCCUCAACUCGUGACCCGAGUCCCAUCUGCUCAGGAGCUCGACGACGCUAUCAACUACGCUACCAGCGAGUACGCCGUUGAGGUAGACCACAGUGCCUCAUAUAGCAAGUCCAAGUCCUCCAAACAAAACAACAAAAACAACAACAACGAUACCCCUACCUCCGCCAUAAACAUCGAAGCUAAAGUCCGCAAGAUUGAAUACUUCGGCAUUUCCCUCCCAACUUCUUCUGUCACUGAACUCCUCCACUCCCUCUUCGCCAACCCGGCUGCCACCGCCGAAAAGUCCCGCCUCUACCACCAACUCGUCAACUCCCGCCGUCUCCAGCCCGCGUUCCAUGUAACCCUCAUUCACAAAGCCUCCAAGACAGCACACCCAGAUGUCUGGGACAACCUCGUCAACCGCUACGUUGACCAGAUGAACAAGAACCCUCCUAAGGAUCACAGACUUACCCCUCCUCUUGGGUCUGCGCGGAUCCGUCUUGAGCGUUUGAUCUGGGAUGAUCGUAUCAUGACUUUUGUUGCGCGGAUCAUGCCUGGUGAGUCUGAAAACAAUGGUGACAAUGGUGAGGAGCAACCAGAUUGGGUCUGCGUUAACCCCCUUCCUCACGUUACUGUUGGCACUGUGUCAGCAGACGUGAAGCCAAAGGAGAGCAAUGAUCUGUUGAAGAGGUGGCUUCAGGAGGGAACGCAGGGCACCGGCAUCUGGGAAAUGGAGAUUCCGGGGGUGAAGGUCGUCAACGGGACCGUGAAUGUUACUAUGAGCCGUGGAAAGUAG